UUUUUUUAAUUGCAGAGAGGUGAAAAAAUGACUCAGGAUGAAGUGAGUGCCAUUAUUAACCAAGCUGAUUUUAACUGCAGUGGCAAACUUGACUACAACAAGUUUUGUGACGUCUACGUGACAACCAGCGAGCAGUGCUGCAGGGCUGCACGAGAGAAGCUGGAAGUUGACAGGCGACUGAGGCAACAGCAGUUUGGAAGUCAAGCUGAAGCUUCCUCUGAAGGGGUCACACUGCCGGCGUCAAAACCAUCACCAAGAAUCUCGAGGAAAACUGAUCACAAACUAACUCCGACAAAAGGUGAUAGCAGAACUCCUUCAAGACCCUCGUCAGCUCCAAGUUGCAAAGCAUCUGUUUCUACCACUAUCAGCAUGGGGGCCAGUAGCAACAGAAACACAAAGCUAAUUGAGCCAGACACAAUGAAGGAAUGGCAAUGUGCACAAUCCAAAGGAUGCUUCUACUUAGAAGAUGAUGGCGAAAUCAUUAGUCAUAAGUACAAGUUGCACUUACCUCAAAAGUCUACAGUAUGUGUUACUAUCAAGCCUUUAAACGUUCGUCAGGUAGAGGGAAAAUCUUGUCAUUGGUUAUCAGUGGAUACUGCUUUGUAUAUUCUGAAGGAAAACGAAACCCAAGAAAAUCUACAGCUUGUAAGCUUUACUGAACAACAAAACAAAGAGCUGUUUGGAUGGAAAGGGGAGCUUGGAUCAGGGGUUUACUGGCUGCUCCCGUUCACAACAGGCUGUAGGUUGAAGAAGGUAAAACCACAAAUUGCUGGAGAAGCAAAGCUGGUGUAUAGAGGUGAAGAUGGAGAGCUGGCUCUGACCAAGGAGUUCCGAGCCACUUUAUUGGACAUAUUUGAAACAAUUGAUUUGGAUGGAAAUGGCCUUCUGAGUUUGGAGGAAUACAAUUUCUUUGAACUGAGAACCAGUGGUGAGAAAUGCGAUGAGGAAGCGUGGGCUGUGUGUAAGGAGAAUUUUGAUAUGAAGAAGAAUGAACUAACAAGACAAGGAUUUAUGGAUUUGAAUCUCAUGGAAGCCAAUGACCGUGAAGGGGAUCCUAGUGACCUUUGGGUCACUUUAUUGUCUCUGGGCUACAAUAAAGCAUUAGAAAUGACAGAGGCAUGCCCCUUUGUCAUUGACAUCUAUGCAGAGAAAUGCAAGCCCAGAAUUAAAGCCAUAUAUCUAGAGGCAGGGAGCUGGCAACUCAACAGGGCUGUUUGCAAGUCUGUUGUUAACAAAGGAGAGGCCAAAGCAAUGGAUGGCUGUGAAAACAUAAUCGUCCAUACCUACAAAUCGGGCAGGAGAAUCACUUCUGUUAUUGAAAAUAAGUCUGAAAACAAAGUGAUUAUUCGUGUCAGCAAUGAGCAGAGUAAGAACUGCCUUAGUAACAGGGGGCUUACUGUUUUUGCUGUGGAAGUGGCACCAAAAUCCAUGAUGGUUUCUCAGCACGUGAUGCCACUGAACGAGCAGGAAGAAUGGCUUUAUAACUGUGUGCAUUCCCUCUUACAUUAA